AUGGCACCAGCAUGCGAGGCAUGUCGCAAUUUGAAGAUGCGAUGCUCCCGGUCUGCUCUAGCAGAAGAGCCAGUCAAUACUAGUGAGCCUUGUGACCGAUGCAAACAUCACGGCCGUCCUUGUAAGAUACCACCAUCACGUCCCGGAGGACGAAAACCAGGGUCUCGAGGACGUUACAAGGGUGUCGAAAAGGCUUUGCGGAAGAUUCAGACCGAGCUACGGAAAGCGAAACAUCCUUCAUCUUCCGACCAAGACAAUCUCAGAGAACUAUUGGGUUUCGCGGACGGCGACCAGGAACUUAUUGACCUCAUUCUAUCCCAGAACAGGAGUAUAAGCGACAUCCAGUCGCAAUCCGACGGCUAUCUGGAAACAACAAGCCCUUCUCGAUCUCCAAACGACACUAUUCAGUCUCCUCCAGAGCAGAAUGGCUCUGUCAGUAAUCCUCUAGGUCUGGUUGCCGAUGUUUGCGGCAAUCUUAACUUGGAUCCUCCGUCACCGAGUAACAUGCCUUUGGUGGAGGCGGAAUCUAGGCCCAGUUUCCUUGCGACAUCCGCAGGCGAAUCCGAACCUCAAAACUUCGCACGACAUCUAUUGCGACGCCCAGGAUAUGUGUCCCUUGGUCUCAAGCUGAAUCGGCAGACUCUUGAAGACGGAUUGGAUGCCCUUUUGACACGGGAGGUGGGAAUAUGUCGAUACUCUGACUAUUUCAAGCCAUCCGACAUGACCAAGGAUCGAGAUAUAGGGCCAGAUCUGGACCCUGUCGAACUCGGGCUCGCCUCGAUGGAGGAAGCCCAUUAUCUCUUCCCCCUCUUCUUUGCGCGAUUGCACCCCAUCAACGGCAUCCUCGACCCGAUACUUCAUACGCCAGAGUUUGUGCAAUCACGAUCUGCGUUACUAUUCACUUGGAUAAUGGCCAUUUCAGCACAAUUUGACCAUGCAUCAGGAUCGAUUGCGAAAAGAUUGCGGAUCCACGGUGAACACCUCUCGAAGCAUGUCUAUGCCAGCGGCUACAAGUCCGUCGAAAUUGUUCAAGGCUAUUAUAUUUCUCUUCUCUCGGCAGUUCCAGCUAACACCAUGGUAGAGGAAAGGUCAUGGCUGUACACAAUCUACGCUUUCGGUGUGGCUGCGGAACUGGGCCUUGACCGAGAAGCUCGAGCGCCUGGUUGCUCGAGCGAUAUUGCCGGAUCCCAUACUCUGCCUCAAGCUAGUCCAGGCCCUGAUGGCUCUUCCGACGAUAGAGAGAAUAAUUCGCAAAUCGGCGACCCUUCAUUCGUUAAAGAUCCGACAGACACGGAACGAUUGGCGCGGAAUCGGGAACGAACCUGGUUGAGGAUACUACUCUGGGAACGCGCUCACAGUGCAGCCCGCGGUCGAGUCAGUGCUUUUCCAGAAACAGACUUGACACUGAAUAUUGAAACUUGGUAUUGUCACCCUCUCGCUGAUCUCAAUGACAAAUAUACUUGCGCAUUCAUCCUCCUCCGACGACAUCUAGGAGGGCUGCAGGAUCAACUCAAACGGCAGAUCGGCUUCCAGCAUCCGUCUCGGCAUUGGGUUUUGGAUCUAAUUGACUCAACCCUCCAGCCGUGGUGUCGUUCCUGGCUAGGAUCUACAGAGCCUCUCGUGACACCCUCUGAACGUGUCUCCAACGCAUUCCUUCGUUUCGUUUACAUGCAUGGACGGCUAUGGACACUAUCAUUUGCACUCCACGGCCACGCAGAGGACAGUAACCCCAAUAUUGAUGCAAUCAAAGAAGACUGCUUUGAAUCCGCCGUGAAUUGCUGUGAGAUGGCGGUGCACGCGUUACAAGAGAUUGGUGAGCCGAUUUAUUGCAUGUUAGCACCAACUUGGGCCAUGAUGGCGUACUCUGCUGUCCUAGCACUGAGACUUUUUCCACUUCUCUACGGCAAGCAGUCUGGGAAUGAGGUUGAGCUGCUUUCUCUACUAUCGCAAGUCGCUUUGCAACUCGAAAAAGCUGGCACAACACCCUCUCAUCGGUUUGGGAUUGCCGCCCUUCUCGGUCAGCAUUUAUUCAAAAUCUUACGGGCACGGGCGAACUUUCUGGUCCGGGGAGCUCAAUCGACUAUCCAAUCUCAAGCAGGGUCAGCGGCACUGGCCGGGACGACCAACCUCCAUUUAGAGCAUCUCGUUAGUGGCAGCAUAGAGGACGAUUCGAACCAAAUGGUGAAUCAAAGCCAGCAACUUGACUUCGACCCGUUCAUUUCAAGAUUCGACCCCUUCCUCACGUUGCCGUUCCACCAUGUGAAUGAAGACGGCUUUGGGGAAGGAUUCACAGACGUCCUAUGGGAUUGGGUCGGCCAGGGAUUCGGGAAUCUGACAUGA